CAUGACUUCUACAGUCACCACAAAAUUCCAGACCGCUUUACCCUUCGCACUUCUUUCAAUUUCACCUAGUCUGGCUUCCCUUCAUGCUUCUCGAGCACGUUCUCUCUGCCCAGAAGAAUCUGAUGCUUCAUCCGCCAUGAAUUGUCUACGAUGUGGUUCGUAUCUGUUGGCCGCCGAUGGCUCUGUAGAACUCCACAGACCAAGAAAAAGGAGAAAGGUUGCUGACAAGAAAUCAAACGCCGUAAAGACUACUUGUCAUCGUUGUGGCUUCAUUUCCUAUACUUUAUUUGAUAAAAGAGAGACAUUCCCUCGGUCAAAGCCUGCCACUGGAGCCGAACUAUCACUACCAUCGUCGGUGCCUUCAGUGCCCAUUUCAUCCCAGUCAGAACGCAAACCGAAAAAUGAAUUGAUACCGUCUUCGUCGCGUUCUUCCGUGCCAGUUGGUUUAUCCCCUGUGGCACAUUUAACACGAGGAACUACACCUGACCUGUACACGAAACCCAAAAAGAAGACAACGGUAUUGCAGGAGAUGCUGGCUCGUAAUCGAGAGAAAGAGGUUGUAAGAGCAAAAUCCCAGCAAAAAUCACCACCAAGUGGCCUUGCCUCAUUCCUGAGCUCACUACAAUGAUAAAAAGUCCCGUGAUGGAUUUUAGCGGAUGUGUAUCUCCUUCC